AUGGGCAUCGGUGAAGCUAUUGCUAUGACCCUAGCAGAGAAUGGAAUGAAUGUCGCUCUAUUAGCAAGAAGCGGGCCGAAGCUAGAAGCUGUGAAGGCUCGAAUCGAAAGCAAAUGCCCCAAUAUCAAGGUUCGCGCCUACAGCGUUGACAUCCAAAGCCAUGCGGAGGUCAACGCGGCUGUGGAACUUAUUGUAUCCGCGUUAGGAGACAUCGAGGUUUUGAUAAACAAUGCUGGGCUCGCUCUUGGUGCACCGGGGAGAUUCUGGGAACUACCGAUUGAGAUGAUAGAGCAAAUGAAUGGCACGAAUAUUACGGGAGUGAUGUACAUGACUCACAGCGUUCUGAACCAGAGUAUGUGGUCCAGAAAACGCGGCACUAUCAUAAACGUCUCGUCGGUUACCGGGCUUGAAUGCCCUCCGUUUGAUGGGGAAGCUGUAUAUCACGCAAAUAAAGCCUGUCUUGAGGCAUUUACCAACAGUUUGCGGAUGGAAACAGCUGGAUCCAACAUUCGUGUCUCAGUCCUCCGACCAGGUUGCGUGGUCAGUCACUUUCAUCUUCAGCGCGUUAAGUAUGAUCAGAACGCGAUGGAUGAGUUUUUCUACGGGUAUGAACCCCUCGUACCGGAGGAUCUGGCUGAGGCGGUAUGGUAUAUGGUCAGCUGUCCUGAGAGAACUACGAUCAAAGCGCUUGACUGUGUGCCAACCGCGCAGAGAGCCCUUACUCGCUUUGACCGGGAAUGGAAUGCACGGAACGACGGAGACAAUCAAGCAUAA